AUGAAGUAUUCCAAGGAUGGCGGCCAGACCUGGUCAAAGUGGGUUGCUGUAUCUGGAGGUGAUCGUCCCUCUCGCGAUGGCAUGGUUGGUGUCGCGCCCAUUGAUAAUGACGGCAACCUAAUCGCCGUCUUCGAGCAUACAAGCAGCGCAAAGUUUAACGUUGACUACGUGAUCUCUCAUGACGACGGUUACACCUGGGGAGAGCGAGGAAGCCUCUACACAGCUCGGAACGGCAAGACUUCAGGUGCUCCUCAAGUCUACAACGUCUGGGGAACACUAGUAGCAAGCUUUAUGACCAAUGAAGACGUAGACAACGGCAAGGGAUACGAUUUCGCCGAGAUGAAAGUCAUCACUAGUGUAGAUGGCGGCAAAUCGUGGAGUGACAGUGUUGUCACCGGCGAGGCCAAAUCUCACUGGCCUGGUAUUUUCAAUAGGGAUCCUACGCACUUCUUGGCUUUAUAUUCGAAGGAGGGUGUUGGUGCUGUCAGCCAACUGUAUGAACUGGCAUAUGCGCCUUUUCUCGUCGAUCCCUCCCGUGAAUAA